CGGUAAACGGCGCGAGGCCCUCUCGAGCCGCAACCUCUGCCUGCGCUUGCUGCAGCACCGGCUCGCUUCGCGGAUCGCCUGCUCGAGACUUGCAGACGCUUGCAAGUAGUACGCCGAGUUGCCUCCGCCGAAGCAGAGUUGCACGCCGAACGCCGCGAGCUGCGCGUUCACUGCUGCCAUGUUGCCGGUCUUGCCGGUCUCGGACGUCGCCGCCUCGGACGGCGCCGCCCUCCCCGAGGCCCUCGCCUCCCUCAUGGCGUCCGCGGCUCGCGUGCUGCGCCAGGCGCGCGAGCCCGCGUCGGUGCUGCUCGCCCUCUCGUCGACGCUCUGCCUGCUGCGGCCCGGCGAGGCGCUGCGGACCGGCGGCGUCGUGCCUGACGAGGCGAGUCGGCUGGCGGAGGAGGCAGAGGCGCUGCUGCUUGGCGCGGCGCGUGAGCGGCGCGAGGCGCUGUCGGCGCUGUACGUGCGCCGGCACUACGCCAACUGGGCCUCGCUCCUCCUCAACGCCCUCGUGCGAGACUGGCUGGGCGCCCUCACCCGCGCCGAGGUGCGGUCGCUGCUCCACCCGCACUUUGUGUGCGCUCCGCCGCGGCACGCGCUGCAGGCCAUCUCGGCGGCGCUCCAGCCGGCGGAUGCGCCGCCGAGCAACCGCUCGGACGACGCCGCGUCGGUGCUCGACCCCGCCUUCGCACGCGAGCGGCGCGCCGGCCUCUGCGCGGCGCUGCUGCAGGAGAUGGUGGCCGCCCGCUUCGCCGAGCGCCUCUUCGCCGACUGGGAGGGGGAGGGGGAGGCCGAGGGCGCAUGCGACGACGAGGAGCACGGCCAGCUCGCCUCGCUGCUCGUCAGCCUUCCCGACCGGCUGACGAACGCCCUCGCGGCGGCGGCACCCGCGCGGCUGCGCCCCGAGGCCUUUGCGGCGGAGACGAUCGGCCAGCUGCUCUGCGCGUGCGAGCGCGGCGGCGCCUCGGCGGGCGGCGGGCCGGCGGGCGGCGGGCUUGCGGCGGGGCGGGUGCGGAUGUGCGGCGGGCUGGUGGGCCGGGUGGCCCGGCGGGGCCUGCUGCGCGAGGUGCUCCCUCUCCUGCUGCCGGCCGGUGCUCCCCCUCCCGCUGCGCCCUCUCCCGCCGCGGUGGCCGCCGUGGUCGGCUGCGUGCCGGCGGGCGGCGUCGAGGCGCUCCUCGAGGCGCUGCUGCGGCACGCGGCGGCGGCGCGGGAGGGCGAGCCGGCGCGGCUCGGGCGGGGAGCCGGCGGACUGGAGGGCGGAGGCAGGGCGGGCGGAGGCAGGGCGGGCUUGCUGGCCGACGCGAUGCGCGCGGUGGGCGACGCCUGGAGCGGCGGCGUGCACACGAGCGGGACUUCGCUCGCGCAGCAGCGGUACGUGAGCGCGGCGCUCGUCCUCGGGCUGGGCAGGCUGCCGGUGCAGCUCGUGUCGGAGGAGCUGAUGCCGACGCUGCUGCAGGGCGUGCAGCACCACCUGCAGUCGCCCUCGCCGGCCGUGCGGCGGCUCGGCAUGGACGUGGCGGAGGCGCUCUCCCGCGUCAUCGACCCGGACAACCCCGUCUGCUUCGAUGACGAGGACGAGGACGACGCGGACGACGCGGACGCCAAGCUCGCGUCUCCUCCCGCGCACGCGGCGGCACCUGCGGCGGCUGGCUCCCUCGCGGUAGCUGGCUCCCUCGCGGGGGGGGAGGGGGGGGAGCGCAAGCAGCGUCGGGCCCGGCGGCGGCGGCGGCGGAGGGAGGCAAAGGCGGCGGCGGCUGCCGAUGCGGGCUCCUCGGGCAGCGAGGAGGAGGCGGACCCGCUGGCGCCUGCGCCGCUCGCCUGGCGGGGGAGGGACGCGGCAGAGGCUGCGGCCAGCCCUGCGGAGGGGGGAGGCGGCGAGAGCGGCGAGAGCGGCGGGGAGGGCGCCUCGCCGGCGGGCAGGGGGGGCGGCGCGUCGGAGAGCGACGGGUCGGUCAGCGGCUCGAGCGGCGCCAGCCUCGCGCGUGGCGCCGGCGGCGAGUCGGCGAGCAGCGAGGCGGCGAGCAGCAGCGACGAGUCGCUCGUCGCGUUUGGGCUCGCCGACGACCGGAGCGACCUGGCGCCGACGGCGGCGCCUCGGCACUUGCGCGAGCUGCUGGCCGGCUUGCGCGCAAAGGAGGGGGAGCACGAGCUCCUCGCCGCCUCCCUCGAGGGCGCUGCGCCGCUCCUGCGGCUCGCCGCGUCCGCCGGCCGGAUGGGCGAGCUGCGCGCGCUGGCGCAGCCGCUCUGCUGGACGCUGCUCCACCUCGGCAACCAGUACAACCUGCCGCGGUUCGGCGAGUGGCGCCGGGCCGCCCUCGUCGCGUUGGUGAGCGCGUGCGCCGAAGAGCUCGCCGCGCCGCUCGUGGGCGAGCUGUACGGCACCAACCAUACCCUCGAGAUGCGGCAAGAGGCGCUCGCCGUCAUCCGCGCCGUCGCCGAUGAGCUGGCGGCGCCGCCGGCCGCGCGGCCGCCCGCGGCGGAGGCGGCGGCCAGGGCGGACAGGGGCGCGGUCCAGCCGGUGGGCGUCUCGCGCCGCACCCACAGCCGGCCACGGCCCCGGCCGGCUGCGGCGGCGAGCCGGCUCGGCGUCGUCGCGCCCGCCUUCUUCUUCCCGCUGAUGUCGCGGUACGACGACCCGGCAAACACGUUCCGCAUGCUGGGCGAGGACUGCUUCUUGCUCGAGGCGCUCCUCCUCACCCUCGCCGCCCUCCUCCGCGGCGCGGCCGCCUACCCGUGCGCCCGGCCGAUGGCGCGCGCCCUCUGCGCCUUUGCGUGGGAGAUGCGCCACCACGCCCACCCAGCCGUGCGGAGGGCCACGCUCGUCGCUCUCGGGGCGGCCGCGGAGGCGCUCUCCGCCGCCGUGCUGCUGCAGGAGCUCGGCGGGAGCUUGCCGGACCUGCAGGAGUGGCUGCAGAGCGUCGCCCGCGAUGACGUCGACCCCGGCUGCCAGCAGCUCGCCGCCGCUUGCCACAGCCUGCUUGGGGCAAAGGUUCGGGCGGCUUGAAGCGUUUUCUCUAAACGCGCGGCCUUCUCCUGCAAAA